UUUCAUUGGGAGGACUACAAUUUGUUGGAACUUCAGGUCAGAAUCUUAACGACUUGGCACGGUUAACAUCGCCUUCAAGUGAAUUGGAAAAAAUGGAAAGAACAUUAAAUAUGAGUAAUUUAUUUCCAACAGUUCCCGAUACUCUUUCUGGUUUUCCAUUUUCUACUCGAGACCCUCUAAUUCUUGAACAAUUGCCUCAUGUCUAUUUUUGUGGAAAUCAACAAAAGUUUGGACAAAAAUUAAUUGAAUAUGACGAUGGGAAAAGAUGCCUUAUAUUUACCAUUCCACGAUUUUGUGAAACUUUUGAAGUUGCUCUAUUGAAUCUUAGAACUUUAAAAGUUAAGUCAUAUUGCUUCAAAACUUGA